GAAGUGAACAGAGCGUGUACUCACUACACCACCACCCUAAAACCCUCAUUCACAUAAACCUCGCUCGUUCUCUCUUGUUUAAAAGUCUCCGCUGUUCGAGAUCUCCUUAAUUGAGCUUUCUGUGAGUUAACAUCCAAUUCUGUUGAGUUGUCUAGUCAGUCAAAUGGGGGUGGAACAAGAGAAGAGUACGUCUGGCAAGAUUAUGCUUAAUGGAGAACAGGAGAUUUCUGAUGAGAUAGAAAAGAAAGUGAAGAAGUAUCUUAGAGGUGAAGGUGCAAACUUGGAGGCUUUACAAGAUAAAAAAUUAAAGGGUCAGCUUGCUGUUAAAGAGGAUUUAUAUGGAACUACUGCAACAACUGCUGCCAAGGCUGAGAAGUGGCUUAUGCCGAGUGAGGGGGGUUAUUUGGAGGCUGAAGGUAUAGAGAAGACAUGGAGGAUAAAACAGGAGUCAAUUGCUCGUGAAAUAGAUAUUUCGAGUUCAAAGAAUCAAUAUGAUAUCGUCUUACCAGAGCUUGGUCCGUACACACUGGAUUUCACCUCAAGUGGUCGGUUUAUGGCGGUUGCAGGACGCAAGGGUCAUCUGGCUAUCAUAGACAUGAAAAAUAUGGGCCUUAUUAAAGAAUUUCAGGUUAGGGAAACAGUGCGCGAUGUGGUGUUUUUGCACAAUGAACUCUUCUUUGCUGUUGCCCAAAAGAAGUACCCAUAUAUGUAUAACCGGGAUGGCACAGAACUUCAUUGUCUAAAGGAACACGGUGCUGUGCUAAAGCUUCAAUUUCUGAAGAACCAUUUUCUUUUGGCGUCCAUAAACAAAUUUGGGCAGCUCCAUUACCAAGAUGUUACUACUGGUGAGAUGGUGGGUAAUUACCGGACUGGUCUAGGCCGUUCUGAUGUUAUGCAGGUGAAUCCCUUCAAUGGUGUGCUUGCUGUGGGCCAUUCUGGGGGAACAGUAAGCAUGUGGAAGCCCACCAGUGCUGCUCCCCUUAUCAAGAUGUUGUGUCAUCAUGGGCCAGUCACAGCCUUGGCAUUUCAUCCUAAUGGCCAUCUCAUGGCAACGGCCGGUAUGGAGAGAAAAAUAAAGCUUUGGGACUUAAGGAAAUUCGGGGUUCUCCAAACAUUACCGGGCCAUGCCAAGACCUUGGAUUUCAGUCAGAAAGGUUUGCUUGCUACUUCAACUGGAUCUUUUGUACAGAUUUUGGGAGAUUUAUCUGGAUCUCAGAAUUACAGCCGAUACAUGAGUCAUUCUAUGGCAAAAGGUUACCAAACACGGAAAGUCUUAUUCCGACCGUACGAAGAUGUUUUGGGCAUAGGGCACUCCAUGGGCUGGUCUUCUAUUCUAAUCCCUGGGUCUGGAGAACCCAACUUUGAUUCUUGGGUUGCAAAUCCAUUUGAAACAUCUAAACAGCGGAGAGAAAAGGAAGUGCGCUCACUUCUUGACAAGCUCCCGCCAGAGACAGUUAUGCUAGACCCGUCGAGGUUUGGUACAGUGGUGCAGAGGAAGAAGAAAGAGAAGCCAUCGAAGCAGGAGAGAGAGGCUGAAAUGGAAGCUGCCAUUGCAGAUGCCAAGGACAUUUCCUUCAAGAAGAAAACAAAAGGUAGGAACAAACCAAGUAAAUUAGUGAAGAAGAAGCAGGAAGGUGUUGAGAGGGCCAAGAGGCCUUUCUUGGAGCAACAGGGGAAGGAGGAAGACUUGUCUACAAAGAAGAGACAUAAAACAAGCGAGGAAAAUCAACUGCCAAAAUCUUUGCAACGAUUUGUUCGCAAGCAAGUGGAAACAUAGAUUGUGCUCCGCUUUAGUCGCGUUUUAAAAACGUUUUUUCCCCUCUUAUCCUCUCCACCAAACAAAGGAAGCUUGCUCGUCCUUCCUUCCUAUCUUCUCUCCGCCCCCUUUUCCUUCCUUUACCAAACGAACCAUAAAUUUCAUCCUCCAAGAAAAAGGUAAAGAAAUGUAUCAUUUUGUUUUUUCUUUUCAAAUUCUGUUUAGUUUUGUUAGCCAUUAGAAACAAACUGGCUAAGAGGCUGUGUACUUUGAUUUUCGGCCUAGUUUUGUUUUAUCAAACAUUUACUCAUGUAACAGGGGCAUGUGUUGAGGCAUUUUUUGAUAAUGAUUUUUAAAUUAUUUCUGUUAAUCUCAAAAAGCGAUUCACUUGCA